AUGAAAGAAGAUAUAAAGAAUAUAUUGUUUAAUAGUAUAGUUAGAAAUAAAUAUUUAUUUAAUAAGAUUAUAGAUUUUGUUAAAUAUAUUCAUAGAUCUGAUUCUGCUAGAUAUCGUCGUCCAUUGAGUGAUCAACAGAUUGUUGAGAGAUGUUCGUUAUCAGAGAUGUUAAAACAUGGUCGAGCAGAUCUAUUCUGUGAGAACAUAGGCAGAAUGUUGAACUUUUUAACAGUGGAUUCAGUAGAUUAUCUGUUGUAUUAUGCUGUGAUGAGUGGAAGUGUCAAAGCAGUAGGAUCGUUACUUCUCAAAAUCCCAGAUGUUUUCAAUGAUUUGCGAAUGCCUGAAAAAAAACAAAAAAGACUCAUCUCCUACCUCAUCAGAUCCAAUCAUACAGAGAUGAUAAAGUUAAUGUUGGAUCGUACUCACUACUAUACAAUAGCCAAUCAAUUUCUUAGUUCAUCAUUGGCAACUUACAACGUUGAGAUGUUCAAAUUUAUCAUAGCAUGGAGACAACAGCAUGAAGACAACUACGAAAACAACAACACAACGAAUAGAGAAAAAAAUAAGACUCUAUCUUCUCUCUUCAAUAACGAUCGAUAUGAUCCUAGAAAUAUCCAAUCAUAUUACAAUGUUGAGUCACUCUACUUACUGGAUGAAUCAGAGUCAGCCAUGGAGAUUAUACAACUGAUACUCGACAACCACCGAUUCUUCAAUGAAAGUACUAUCGGUGAUAUUAUCACCUAUUCAUUUAAAACAGGUAAUAUAAAGUUGAUAGAUUAUCUAUUAGCUUGUAGCUUUAGAAAUUGUAAUCAAUCAAAGAUAGCAAUCAAUUAUGCAUGUAAACAUGGUCUCAACAUGGUUAAACUCUAUAUUGAUAAGUUUUUAUACGAUAAUACCGCAAUUUCAACAUCAACAAUCAAAAUGAUCAUCGAGCAAAACAACAUGGAGUUACUUAAAUACAUGCUAGAUCGCUAUUAUCGUGUACCUGACCCCAUGUUAGCUCGCCAUUAUGAUAAACCAGACUCCAAUGAGGGCCUAUUAAUGGAUAGACUUACACUUCAGAAAGCAUUGAACUUGGACACACCGGAGAUAGCACAGUAUCUUUUAUCUAUUGAAUGCCUAGAUAAAUACCCACUACCAAGUACAUUUAGAUACCAAGUCAAAGAUAUCAAUAUGUCUUUAUUACCUUUGUGCGAUUUAUCAUUGAUAGAUACUCUGUUGUCAACUAACAACAUAGUAGAUUGUAUGCUUAGUGAUCUCUAUUCAAAUGCCGCUUCAAACAACCGAUUGGAUAUCAUUCAAUACUUUGAAGAUAGAAAAUCUACAUAUUCAUUUGAAAUCGAUUAUUCCUUAGGACUUAUGGGAGCUACAUUGUCAGAGAAUAAAGAAAUAGUAGUGUUCAUUCUCCAACACAAUCAGACCUACCAAUUCAACUUUCCAGUACCGAGUCUUCUUCAUUCCGAUAGUUUCAAUGUUGACAAUUACUUGGAGAUAGCAGAGUUGAUUGCAAUCACAGGAAACCAUCUAAAAUUCAAUUCAUUGGAUCAGAUCUUCAGAGAUGGAAUAGUCUAUCGUUUUCCAGAGAUCGUUAAAAUUUUCUAUAUUCUUAAGGAUCACAAUCGAGUGACUAGGAAUGUUGGCAAUCCUAUACUCUAUGCGAUAGAGAGUGGUCGGUCAUUGGAGUUUGUAAAGCAUCUCUAUUCAAUAUCAGGACUUGAGAAGGGUGGUACUGAGGGAUUGGCGUAUGUCUGUGCCAGAGGUGAUAUGCCAUUCGUAAAGUAUCUAGUGGAAGAACAGAAUGUUCAAGUCAGUAGACACCACAUUCAGAGUGCUGUUGCACACAGACACAUGGAAAUCGCUACCUAUCUUUUGGAUAGAUAUGAAAAUGCAUCUAUAUAUCUAUUCGAAUUAACAACAUCAAUCUUCCAAACUAUUAUUAAUAACAACGAUUUGGAAACAUUCUCGAUGUUUGCAAGACGCAUUCCAGUUCAUGAUGAUUUGAUUUCCUCUAAUCCCGAAACGAUCAGAUUCCUUCAUGGAAUUGGCAAACUACAUCGGGAUAUCAUCAACAAAUUACUGAAAAAAAGAGAUCAAGAGUUCGAAGCGAUUAGAGUAUCACUAGAGUUGACAAAAACCAGAGAACCAAUCACCGACUUCUACAGUCUUAGAAAUGCAGUGAAAUACAAUCACAAUGAAUCAUUAAAGUUACUGGAUGAACAUCGUUUACUUAAACAAAGUGACAUCGAUCUUAAAUUAGCGAUAAGAUAUGGUCAUAUCAAAAUAAUUGAACAUUUUCAAUCUUUUAUUCAAAAAAAUUAUUGGUUGCAAGCAUUGGUAUUAUCGUAUGACGAUGAGAUUAUGUUGAGUGGUUGUUCAUCGAGUGAAAAAGAAAAAGAAGAAGAAAAUAGAAUGAAUGCAGACUUCUUCUCUGAUUUUUGGAAACCUGUAUUCACAAAGGCACCAAAGUUUGCAAACUCUCAAUUAUAUACAAUAAACGAUAUAGGUCUUCAAGGCUAUGAUGGUAAAAUCAUGGCAUUUGGUGAUUUUAAUGCUGAUAAAUAUUUAGAUACAUUCUUUGUUUACUCUAAUAGAUCGACAUUACAGAUAUUCCUUUGGGAUGUUAAAGAGUGGCGGUACGAACCGUCCGAUGUUAUCAUUACACUCGACGAUGGAAUGACCAUCGACAAUGUAAUCCCCGGUGAUUUCACCUACGAUGGACUGUUGGAUAUCGUUAUACAGGGUGGGCUGUACUCGAAGAACGUGAGUGAUGUGCCAUUCUUGUAUCUCUACAAGGGUGAUCUCGACCGAGUGGAACUACCACUCAAGUUGGCUGCCGCCUACGACCAGGUGUUGGCGCUCGAUUGCAAUGGCGAUCUACGUAUCGAUUUGCUCGGUGUCGACUCCAAAGGAGCUCGAACACUCUGGAUCAAUCAGGAGAACGACUACUUCACCACCUAUCAACAGGGUUCCAGCCAGAUCCUACAGAACAUCUCAUCGCCACACUCCAACUCGUUUGUCGAUCUCAACGGUGAUUGUCUGGCAGACAUGUUCAUCACCAGUGGAUCCAGUAAAGACGACACUCUCACCGGUGAGAUUUGGUUGAACGAUAAAUCCAACGGUUACAAUUUCGAUUCGAGAACAUUCCCACUACCAAGAGGUGCUGGUCAAAUUACUUUUGCUGAUUUUGAUGGUGAUGGUGAUUUAGAUAUGUUAUAUCCAGUUUGUUGGCCACCUGAAAAUUGUUCAGAGGUCAACGAUUUGUAUUUAGUUUACAACUCACAGAAACCAGUUUGUGCAAGUUCAUUAUUCCCCAAGGCAAAUUGUCGUGCACAAAACGCUUUAUGUCAAGCCGAUCCAAACUUUUCAUUCUCCAAUACAACAGGUGCAGAUGGAACAACUUUAAUCAUUCCAAAAGAAGCAUUCGGCGGAUAUUUAUUUUAUUUCAAUUUAUCUGUAGGAAUUUCAAAUAUUAUACAUUAUGGUGAUUACAAUAUCGAUGGAUAUCCAGAUAUCAUAGUUGCACUCUACAAUCCAAAUAAUUUGAGUGAACCAACUCACGUUGAGCUGUGGGAGAAUGUUGGUUGCAACGCUGAUAUCUGUCCAAAGGGACAAGGAGGAAGAACUUUUGUCAAGGCAACCAGUGGUACCGAUGCUCUUACAUCUAUACCCUACGCUUACACUGCCAGUUUCAUCGACUAUGGUGAGAAUGGAAUUGCUGACAUUAUCGUCCAGUCACGUUAUCCCAAUGGCAGUCACUCAGUACAGGCAGUCUAUAACAAUUUCUACAACGAUGCUUUCUUUUUCAAGACACUCGGUCUCAAUGGUGUGUGUACCACCAUGUGUCCAGGUCACGUCAAAUUCCCAGAUCCAAAACCAUACGGUGUCAACUUCCCAGGUGGCACUUUCAAGUUUAUUUUCAGUGACAUGUCUGGUACCACUCACAUUCAGAUUGGUGCACAACUCUCACAGUCUGCCUACAUGUCGCUACAGACACCAUACAACUUCUUUGGAUUGGGUCGUACCUCCAAUUAUAUCGACCAACUCUUCUAUGGUAUUCCACUGAACCAGACCGUUCACUACAACAGUUGGGUAGGAACUAUUCCAAACUCACAGAUCGUGGCCAUCCCCUAUAAACCAUCCAACCCAACUUCAUGGACACUCGAACUGUUUAUCAAUCCAAGUGGUAUAUUUUUCUGGGUCAUGUUGGCAUUUAUUGUAGUUUUAAUUUUCUUCUCUGGUGUAUCAUUAUUUUUAUGGAAGAGAGAAAAGAAACAAGACGAAAAACUUAAACAAGAACAAGCACAUUUAUUCUCUUUCAACGCACUGUAG